GGCGGAUCUCCGACCACCAGCCUCAGAAGCUCUCUUCCAAUCUUGGUCCAGGGCAUCUUCUUCUCAUCGCAAUAUAUAAACGCUCCUUCCGAAGUCUCCCAUGAUAGACUUCCCCGUUAACAAUAUUUCUCGACAAUAUCUCUCCCCGCCGUUUUCGUUUGCGGCGCCACAGGCACCCAAGGGGGAGCCCUCGCCCGCCACCUCCGCGCUAGAGGCGCAACCGUCCAUGCCCUCAUCCGCAAGCCCAACGAUCCACGUGCCGACGCGUUGAAAGCCCAAGGCGUGAAGCUCUGGACGGGCGACUUCGACAACGCGGACGCUCUCAAGGCCGCCCUGACCGGCUGCGACGCCGUCUUCCUCAACUUCAUGCCCGACCUCACCGACUGGGACGCCAACCUCCGGCAAGCCAAGCUCAUCCUCUCCCUCGCCAAGGUCGCCGGCGUCCGCCACGUCGUCUAUACGAGCAGCGUCGCCGUUGACACGCCCGAACGCUUCCCCCACUGGGACCCCAACACCACUGUGGCUUCCGUCCUGCUCUCGAAACAGAGCAUCGAGGCCGAAGUCCGCGAGUCCGGCUUCGAGACCUGGACCAUCCUGCGUCCCGCCUGCUUCAUGGCCAACUUCGUCCUUCCUUUCGUCCAGAUGUACCGUGACCUCGCCGGGGAAGGUCGCUGGGUCACCCCCUUUGCCGAGGAGACGGUCCUACCGCUCGUGGACACCGAAGCCAUGGGCGCUUUCUCCUGCGCCGCCAUCCUCGAACCGGAGCGCUUCCACGGCCGGGUGGUCACCUACGCUGACGAACUCGUGACUGUCGGAACCAUCUUGAAGAAGUUAUCCGCUGCCACGGGUCGCGGCCUACGGCUCGUCACCAUGUCAGAACAGGAGAUUGACGCGGGGAAGGCCAAAGAUCCGUUCGUCGGGGGUCAGUUGCAUUGCACGGGGAUGACGGGGUUCAUCGACAUGGAGUCGGUCAAGGCCUACGGUAUUCCGUUGUCUUCCUUCGAAACCUACCUCGCGAGGGAGAAGGACCGUGUCGCGAGCACGUACCUGCAAAAGGAAUCAUGACAGACCGCCCUCUCAGCUGUCUGAAUAUGUGGAUGGAACUCGUGAAAACUCUCCAUAGUUUCCUCCAAUGCCAAUGUAAAUCUCAAUUAAGGAUGGUAAGCUGCCCAUAAGCUGUUC